AUGUCGUCCCAUCGUUCUAGUAAGAAAUCACGACGGCAGAGACCCCCUGUGCAAGAGCUCAUCCGUUCUCUCACAGCUCACCAGGUCAACACCCUUACCGAACUCCGCCGUAUCGAGCGAAUAGCCGCCUCGUGCGAAGACGAAGACGAUGCCCGCGCUUUCCAGGAGCCUAUGACACUAGCAUGGGCCAACUAUGUCACCAGCAACCAAUUCCUCAUCGAACUUCACGGAUUGACGCCGAACUAUCCAUUCUGUGGUGACAUUGUGCAAGACGCCCACCUACGUGUGCUGAGUGAUCCCGAGAGCAACCGCAGCUGGAACACGGCGUGGCUCUGCCUCGUCAAGAUAAGAGACGACGGACUAAUCCCCCUAUAUGCCCUCCUGGAGGCAGGGAAACAAGAGAUGUGGGGAGAAACGCUACCGAUGCAAGAAGAUGUCGAGCAGUUGGCUUCAUGCUUCGAGUUGGAAUGGAGAACGGCCGUUGAUACCAUGCUGAGGCACUGGGCGACUCCCCCUACAUGGUACGGUCAGUGA